AUGAAGUUCUUUUUAAUCGCCAUACUUGGUAAACGAGCAAAUGAAGAUAUAAAUGAAUUAGAAAAUGUUGUAUAUCGAUCAACUGAUUUUGAUACAUUUCUUAUAAAUCUUGUUGGUUAUUUACAAGACAACAAAAUUGAUAUAGUCUAUGAAGAUUCAACUAAAAUUUGUUUCUCCCAACCCAUUAGUAUUGAAUUUAUUCAACAAUUUCUUGAUAAAUUUCAUAUAAAUCGACGUAAUCAAAAUGAACAAAUGAAAAAAGAAAUACCUGAACGACAAUCAACAGGAAAACACCCAGUACUGUUUCGUUAUCGUCUUGGUUAA